AUGGGCAUUGUCCACCUGUUGAAUACUCUCAAGAAGCAUGGCAAAAAAGGGAAGAAGACCUUGGGGAAAGGACUAAUGUUCGUGGAUGCCACCAUCAACAACAAGCCGGCCAAGAGCGUGAUGAUUGAUACUGGCACCACACACAACUUCAUCUCGGAACUCGAAGCCAAGCGACUGGGACUAAAACUGGAGAAAGAUGUGGGCCACAUGAAGGCGGUCAACUCAAAGGCCUUGGCCACAACAAGAGUUGCUAAGGGCAUAAAAGCUAAGAUCGACAUGUGGGAGGGGCAAACCGACUUAGUGGCGGUCCACAUGGACGACUUUGAUGUAGUUUUGGGAAUGGAAUUUCUAAUUGAGAAAGAUGCCAUCCCUAUUUCGGCUAUUGGGAGUUUGCUCAUAAUGGGGGAGACACCGUCAAUGGUGCCUGCAAAGGUUGUACCACCCCCCAGUGUGAAUCUCCUAUCAACUUUACAGUUUAAGAAGGGCGUGAAGAAACGAGAGCCCACUUAUGUAGCGGUACCCGCCGUGUUCGAAGAAACAGUGGAAGAGAUUGUUCCACCUGAAAUUAAGAAGGUCUUGAAAACAUAUGGGGAUGUGAUGCUAGAUAAACUUCCCAAAGCCUUGCCGCCAAGAAGGGGGAUUAAUCACCAGAUAGAGGUGGCACCAGGAGCAAAACCUCUAACAAAAGUGCCUUACAAAAUGGCACCCCCCAAGCUAGAAGAGUUGAGAAAGCAACUAAAGAAGUUAUUGGAGGCAGGCUUCAUCAGACCGUCAAAGGCGCCAUUCGGAGAAGGAACUCCUCACGGUUAUCCACUGCUUGCGGGUAUGGAGACAUUACUUGCUGGGGUUGAAGUUUGUGGUGAAGACAGAAAAUGUAGCGGUUAG